AAACCCAACCCAACCCAAAGUACCCAAAUACUACAAGAACGGCUUUACUAUACCACACUGACCGUCGCUAGCAAAAAUAUCCCAGUCUACGUAGCUGCCUCCCCCGGCUUCUUGAGACACGACAGAACACCACCACAUCUGCCUUGUCUCGCUAGCUGCACGCAGCAAACUCCACGUUUCGUUUCUUCUUCAUCUGAUGGAUCCGAUGCUGCGGGGAGUGGCAAGCCUCGGUGGCGGCGGCGGGGGCGGGGCGAUGACAGGAGAAGGCGAGGAGGCGCACUACAGGGGAGUGCGGAAGCGGCCGUGGGGGCGGUACGCCGCGGAGAUCCGCGACCCCUGGAAGAAGACGCGCGUGUGGCUGGGCACCUUCGACACCCCCGUCGAGGCAGCCCUCGCCUACGACCGCGCCGCGCGCACCCUCCGCGGCGCCAAGGCCAAGACCAACUUCCCCGACCACCAACUCCAGGUCCCGCACCGCCGCCUGCCGCCCCUGCAACAGCAUCAGCGCACUGUCCCGUUCGGCGGCAUCGACCUCAGCUUUCCUUCGCCAUGGCACUUUGUCUACUUCUCGCCGCUGGCUGCGCCUCUGCCCCAAGCAGCGUCCACGCCGGCUGUCUCUGCUCCGCCCUCGACGACGCUCCAGCUCGGCAUCAUGGGCUCCAGGCCCGGCAGCCUCCCGUUCGAUCUCAACGAGCCGCCGUCGCUGCUGUUCGGGUCGUGACCGAUGUCCGAUGCGAUCGUGGUAUUGUAGUUUCUGUGACCGAGAGACGUGCCGACGGCUGAGCUUGAGGCACUGCUCUGGCAAGCUGUGUUGGCUGUAUAUACCUGUUUCUGGAAAAUUCGGCAUUUCAUCUUGGCCUUUUCACGUU